CAGAAACAGAGCUCCAGAAAGAGCUUCAACAGGACCACCACCGACAGCGCAGACACCAUCUGAUCGCUGGCCUGACCAUUCACCCAUACACGAUGCACCAGUGGGGCCCGUCUCGCCGCCAUCAUUAGCUCACGCGCCGCAGCGACGAGCGCACCGCUACCACUCUCACUGCACCACUGCUGCAGAUCGAUGCCACCAUGUCGACGGCAACCUCGUCGAGUUACUUCCCUCCCCUGGAUCAAUGUCUAGCCGGUGAUACGACAGUAAUUUCCUGGCGCACCGCGUAUCGCGCCAUUUGCGACGAAGUCACGGCUCUCGAAAACAGCCACCUGCAGCACUUUUUCACCGACGAUGAGACGAUAGCUCUUCUCAGUAAUCCGAUCAAGCCAUAUGCCGCUCCCAGCGCGCGGAGCGGAAGCGACUUUGACACCAAGACUGCGCCCAUCAACGUUGCCCAGUCUCAACAUGCCGACUACAAGCUGGACGAGAUCAAAGCUGAUGCGAAAUGGCUGUCUAAGGAGCUGCAAAUCGAGGAGAUGGCUGCCCUGCGUCUGGCGGUGAUUGAAUGGCAAGAGCGAGCCGCAGAUCAGCUGUUGAACACGGCAUUCAAUGGCCCAAGCGGACUGAACGGCCCCGCGAGCACUGCCUUGGUGAAAAGCACGAUUGAUCUAUCAGCCUCGACGUCUGCAUCUUCGCGACCAGCGUUGACAUUUACGGAUCAGGAUGUGAGACGCCAACGGCUGUUGGAUGUGUAUCUGAGCGAGACCAACCACUUGCUGCGCCUCAGUGCAGAUCUAGCCAACCGAUGUGCUGUGAGCAAAAGCAAUGUGCAGGGAGAGCCUACAGGCGCGUUUCGUCUGGACAAUCCGCGCUCGUGGAUCGAUCGAGUUGCCGCCAAGGUCAUGGAAAUCAUGUGCCCGAGUACUAGCAGAAACGAGGGCGAAGCAUUCAUCUCCACGUGCAUCUCAAAGAUUGAAAAUGUGCUAGAUCGAGGCGAUGCGACCACAGUCUGGCCAAAAGUAUUUGUUGACGAUUCAAAAGCGUCGACCUACAUCGACUCUUUGGCAUGGGAGCUAACGAAUACGUUACGACUUUUACUGGCUGCGUUGUACCAGUACGAUGGGAUUCCAAGCGCCUCAGCACUUCUAGCCUGGUUCACGCUCAUGGAGAAGCAUGUGUUUCUGCAAGGGGGAAAGAAGCUUCUUCCGCCAAACCUCGAUGUGCUGCAGCUGCUGGUGUCAAUAGUCUCUGUGGAGAUAAUGAAGCUUCAGCUGGCAGUCGGCGAAAUUAUGCAAGCAGCCGGCGUGGAAAAUCUUGUGCUGGCUGGUAGCCACUACAUCAACGAUGAGGAAUGUCUGAGGACUUUCAACCUCAUCUUGUAUAGAGUUGGUCUGCGUGGGGUCACCAUCGCUGCGCCUGCGAUUCUUGCUUGGAGCAUCAUCACUACUGUGAUCCGAGACAUAGCCCUUAUCCAUCGGGAUGUGCGGGAAUCUCGUGGUGAACCUGGAUCCGACGAUGCGGCAGAUGCCCUUGCUCGCCGUGCUUCAAGACGUGGUUCGCGCAACGAGCUGUCAUCCGCGUUCGAAAAGCUUUAUUCCAAGCUCCAAAGUCCAGAGCUGGAGGGUGAUCACAGAGAUGACAUUCCUCGCCAUUUCUUGCUGUUUUCUGUCGAUAAAUCGCGGGUGUUCACCCUCAUGACGGCUUUGAGCACAAUGGCUGGCGCCACAUACAGCUCCGAUGCUGAAUCGGGCACCGCGUUCAUCUGCAAAGAGGCUCUGCUCGAUCUCACAAGAGACGCUCUCCCGCUUGUGCAAUAUGAUGCAGAAGUUCUGGACGCUAUCUUGUCAUGCAUAUCACCAGCAGAUAACACUCGGAUCGCAGAGCAACAGGCUGCUGUGCUUGCAGACAAGCUGCUAGCGGACCACGAGCAGCUCAGGCCCGCCAUUCUCAACGAAGCCCUUGCACGUUUUCCGUACGAACUUUCGCCACUGCUGAAGCUUAGCAUAGCACUCGCACGCGCGGAGAGUCGCCACCGACGGGAAGGCGAUCUCCCUGAAAUUGCGGAGAUUCUACUUGACCUGCAGACUUUUACGCAAGAAGUGCCGCUGAACUUCAGAGAGUACGAGCUGACUGACGAGGCCGAGGAUAGCAACACAAUGAGAUUGACUGAUGCAUUGCCUGUCAUCUUGAAGCACAAUGGGACGAUGUUCGUUGGGGGCCCACACUUACUCACUGCUGGCGACGGCAUCGACAUGGACAUACCCGAACACUUCGUUCCUACAGAAACUACGGGCACAAUUGUCAAGGAACAGAAGCCCAUGGUACUCAUGCUCAAUCACUCAUACUCUGGCCUUGGUUACCUCAGUGCACUUUUAUACACUUUCACGAAGGGAAGCGAAAUGGCCCCCAUUGCGCCGCGAGCAAUGCUCGAUCGCUUCGCCGCCGCCGAUAUUAUUGCGCUCUUCACGUCCCUGCUCUCAGCCUGCCUCGGUCGUCAGAAUGGAGCAGCAGCAGCUCAAGAGUUAUUGGUGAGACUAAGCGAAUCUCUGGGCGACAACCAUGACAUUGUGGCUGUUGUGACCGAUGUCCUUGAAGCCGAACUUCUGGCACAUCUCGAGCAAGUUGCCCAGGAGGGAUCGUUGGAAGUCGUUGCCGCGGGUGCAGAGUUCCUUAAUGCCAUCAUCAAAAUCUCCCCUGAGCGUGGAUGGUCGUUUCUGGCCAAAAGUAGCUUGCUGGGAUUGGCGAGCGGAGCAAUGUCACUCGUGGCGGUGGUGAAUGGGACAGAGGUACAGCUCGGGCAAUACCGCUUCCUCCAAGCAUGUGUCGAUAUGCAAUCGCUGCUGAUAGAGGAUGCCAUCGCCGGUCUCGCGAAGCGGAACACCAUACCUACGGAGACCGUCAAAGCGACGCGCUUCAACAUGACAAUCAAUCGUGACUCGCCAGAUACGACGCCUUCUCGAACUAUGAGUGCAGUGUUGAAUGCGUAUCAGAAAAUUCUUCUCGAUGCACUUCAAAGCUUCCCGGUCUGGAGAUGGAACAAUGCGGAGCAACGCUGCCGCCUCACCACGACUUUGAUCAGCUCCAAUAUGAAAUUACUUCGCAGCACACAUGGAAUAGACGUGGCCAAAGACCCAUCAAAACGGCUUACAUACGUCCUCGCACCUGCUGCUGAUGCUCUUAUCAAUGUGUGUGCCCCAAGGAGCGGUACUAGCGCAUUGGCGAACACGAUGAGCAAAAUGCUUCACGAUGGUCUCUCAGCCACGGAUGAUUCCGUACCAGUACAAAGCCGCCAGCUGCUUAUCGAGCAAACACGGUCGAUACUCAGUUUCCUUUCAUCGAUUCUGCGCAUUGUGCAGGGAGGCACAGACCUUCUCAGCAAGCCCGUGGCUUCGGCAGAGCGGCAGGAAAUCGCGAACAAAAGGUCGUAUGAACUUGCGCACUCCAUUUUGCAAAGCAUGCCAGUAUUCGCAUCACUGCUAGCCAGCGACCACGCUUUCAAGGACCAUGUGUUCAUGCUCCUUGGUCAGGUCAUCAAAGCUGUGGGGACAACCGAGACUGAUCCGCCGUCCAUACUCGCGCAGUUCGAUACGGAAGCAGCGCAGUCGUUCCUUCAAGUGGUCACACAGCUUGACCGUCCACUGUGCGACCUCCAGGUCGAGCGUCGAGUGUGGGAGUUUCUUGCAGUGAUCAUGACCUCCAAGCAGCAGUGGUUUGCAAUCUAUCUUCUCACUGGCAAGCUACCGAAGAGUCGAGCACACCGACAGCACCAGGAAGAGCUCAAAGGCAAGCCCAUAUUGGCUUAUGCCUUGAGUCAGCUUGCCUCCAUCUCAGAUCUGCCUCCCGAGCGCGCUGUAGGCAUGCUGAAAUUCAUCUCUCUUGCCCAACAGACAUGGGUGUGGGCAACCAACGAAGUCAGGACGCAUACCGAAUUCAUCACAAACACACUAGCCUGGUUAGGCUCGCUUCGACCUGCUCCAAGAAAUCCGACUCCUGACGCGGCCAUCACCAGCGCCCGGGAGCAUGAGAUGGCAGCGCAUCUUUGCGAGAUACUUGCUAUCAACCUCCAUGCUGGCCUGGAAAUUGGCGACAAGACCGUCCUGCGAGCUCUUGUCAGUAAACUGGACUUCUUGCGCGACCAUGGCGCCAGCGUCAAUGCUUGGAACAGGUCGCUCCACAAAAGUCUGGAAAGUAAUUUGAAAAGAGCAUUUCCGCAAAGUGAUCUGUCCGAUUUCAAGCGUACUACUGUCAAUCCUGCGCCGUAUGGCAGAAGCUACUUCUACGACCUCGACAUAGCCACCACCAUCUUUCGACACCAUAGAGCAUGGACUGGCGCUACCGCGGAUCAAGGCUUUUCUGACGAAUUUGGUCGCGCCAGUGCCAACUUGAGCCUACUUGACGCGCAGACGACUCUUUUGAGGAGUUGGAAGAGAUUGGCUACAACGUUGUGUGACUGCGCCGAGCCAGACACACAGCUACAGAUUGAACUCGCCAAAACAGCAGUGCAAUGCUUAGCUGCCAACGCAGAGGCUCAAAUUGAGCAGCCUGGCGCGGCGGAUGUCAUGCAAACUCGGAUGGAACUUGCCUUCGUACUCGUGUCGAGACUCGUCUCGCUGAAAACCCAGCAUGAUUCCAUGAAAGACCUCCUGCCGGCAGCUUGGGCGCUAGUCGCUGCAUCUCCAGUCGACUACGAUGUGGCAACGGAUGCCGAAGACGCACGGUAUUAUCGACAAUUGCUCCAGGUCCUCUACUUGACCAUUCAGCCAUACACCUAUUCCAGCAAAGCAAGCACUCAGGGAGAGAUGCACUAUCUCGCGCCGCAGACUGCCUCGACGCUCGUAAACAUUGUUGGCAAAGUCAUCGCGCCCGGGUUUCGCGCACUCUGCGGUAAUCUGCACACAGACAUUUCACUCGCUCUUCCGGCGGACUUUGCGCUUCUGACUGCUCUGUUGCAAGCCAUUCUUGCGGUACCCGGUAUCAAUUCCGUUCAUACGAUGCUGACAGACCUGAUUGCUGGCUCGAAUAUUGUACGAGGUGCGUUGAGCUUGUAUUCUUGGGCCGAUCAACUGGUCGAGGAGGACACGCAAGACCCAGUCUACGGCGAAAUCGCCGUCAUGUUCCUCCUGGCGCUGUCUACUGUGCGCCCGAUCGCAGAACACAUGGCGCUGGAUGGUGUGCUUGCACAACUCUCUUCCGCGAACCUAUCAAACUACUUUCGCAAGCCAGGUGGAAAAGGUCCAUUUGACGAGCCGUAUCGGAUUUUCAUCAUCUGGACAGAAGGAUUUUUGCCGCUUUGCUUGAAUUUGCUCGACUCAGUAGGUCCAGCCAUUGCCGCGGAGAUCUCAGCCUUCUUGAACAGCUUCCCAGAGCAACUACAGCGUGCCGAAAAGUCCCUCGUAAACGAGCCGCCAUCACCGCGAAAUCCACGGGCUGGUGCCGUGACGCUGAGCUUGGUCUCCGAAGCUCACAGCCUGUCCAUGCUCUCAAUAGUCUUGAGUUGCGAUAUUGCGAGAGGUGCUGCUGAUGGCAUCAACGCGGCGGAUGUUCCUGAGCUCAACUAUGAUGCCCAAAAUGUGAAGGCUCUCGUGGAGGGGCUCACACGAAGCAAGCGAAGUCUCAUCGACAGGAUUAGACCAGCUACACCUUUGGAGGAGAGAUGGUUGGGUACACCCGCUGCAGGGAGUGCGGACAAUUUGCUUUUGGCAAAGGUGCAAAAAGAAAUGCAUGGCAUGUUGGCUUGUUUCGAGGAUCAGGCUAGCGCUGGGUCUUGAGCAAAGGAAAGCUGAAGCAUACGGUAUUGGAGAAAUGGGUGUUCUUGUGUUGACCUUUCAGCGAGGCGUUCAGGAAGAGGAAGCAUUUGCGCGUGAGGAUAUUUCGAUGGCAUGUUGCAUAGAACGAGUGCCGCCAGUCAGACAUUCCGGGUCAUCCUUGUGUAGCCCUGCUACCACAACUCCUCCAGAUUUAGUCGUGUAAUUGGCAAAUCAACUCACUUACGCUGCCGAA